AACCCGUGCUAAGCACCCCCAAAGGUGAAUUUAUUUGAGCGCCCAUUCUGAUCCAAAACCCUAAUCCUUCGUCGGUCAAAAAAUAUGGCUGAUUCCCCUCUCGCAAGGAAUUCAAGGUCCCCACUGUGGAAAGCUCAGUCUAGAUCGAGGUCUAGGUCGAGAUCUAGGUCAAGGUCUAGGUCUAGGCCGAGACAAAGGCCAAGGUCCCGUUCUAGGAGUCGUGGCAGGUCAAGGUCUCGAAGUCAUGGAAGGUCUGAGCCUUCAAAUCCUGGUGACACACUUUAUGUAACUGGUCUGUCUUCAAGGGUCACUGAAAGAGACCUAGAGGAGCAUUUCUCCAAGGAAGGAAAGGUUUCUUCAUGUUUUCUUGUGGUGGAGCCCCGCACCCGGAUUUCUCGUGGUUUUGCUUUUGUUACAAUGGAAACUGUUGAUGAUGCAGAGCGCUGUAUCAAGUAUCUCAAUCAAUCAGUCUUAGAGGGUCGUUACAUCACUGUUGAACGGUCACGAAGAAAACGUGCAAGAACUCCAACCCCAGGGCACUAUCUUGGACUGAAAAACACUAGAGAGUAUGGCUAUCGUGGUGACCGGGGAAGGUAUCGUGAUGGUCCUGAGCGCGAUGAUUAUUCACGUCGUAGGUCUCCAAGGCGUUCACCUCCAUACAGAGGUGGCCAAGAUUAUUCUCCCCGGCGCUCACCCUAUGGGGGAAGGUCUAGGAGGGAGAGAUCUAGAUCGCUUCCUUAUUCUCCACAUGGUAGCCCAGACAGGAAGUAUGCUCGUGGAUCUAGGUGAUGUUUAUCUAAGCAUGUUACUAUAUGUGAACAGAGGAAGCAAAAAUUUAUCGACUAUUAUGGUGCUGUGACUGAGUUUAUUGGUAGAAGCUGUUCGUGUGUUACUUUUACUCUUUUAGUGUGUGCCAUCUGUCGAAGUCGCCCAGGACUUUGGAGUGGACAUAAGUGUGAAAAUUUCAAUUUGAAGCAUAUAAGAGUAUUUGAUUUUUUACA